AUGACACCAAAGUUUCCUCAAGAAAUGACGCGACGUUUGCGUGCAACUUUUGCGAGACGUUCGCUCAAGUUCUUACUCAUCGCCGCUUUACUGAACGGCAGUGUUGCAUCUGCGUUUGUUAGCCCAACGUCGUCAAUACUGCAAUUGCAAUCCUCGCGUGCCACCAAUCCAUCGACGAUGCAAACGAUAGUAUCACAGCAAGCAGACUCUGAUUCGGAGACCGUUCGGAUUCGGGGCGGGGGGCCAUUGCCUCCUUCCAACCCGAAAGAUCCGGCUGCCAAAAAUAAAAAAAUUCGAAUUUCCUCCUUUGAUUCGAUGCGCUUUUUCCUCAUUACUCAGAUUGUGUUGGGGCACUUUAUCCGUUUCGCCGAGCCGUCGGACGUCGUCUUCAAGUUUUUUUCGCACCACAACGUGAUUGUGGGCUUCUUUUUCGUUCUGAGUGGAUACGUGACGGCCUACACGACGACGGAGAAUGCGCAGCGCAUCGCCUCUCCGCGCCUGACGGAAACACCUUCGCAGAAAUGGAUCCUGAGCAAAAUCUUUGGUUACCUACCUCUGCAUUUGUUCGUGUUGGCCUUGUUCAGCCCACUUUUUCUGUACGCUGAUGUCAAGUACAACGGAUGGCCAACGGCUGUCUGGCAUGGCUUCCUAUCGGGCACCAUGACACAAGCAUGGUUUCCGAUGCAUGCCGAGAUCUGGAACGCUCCAACUUGGUUUUUGUCAGCCUUGACUUUUGCGACAGCUCUUUUCCCGUUCUGUUUACCUAAGAUUGCUCAAAUGGACAAGAAGCAACUGCGAAAGACAGUAGGAUGGCUCUGGAUCAUCAAUCUUUUGCCCAAGAUUGGAUAUUGUUAUGACUUGAACGUUUGGAAGCUGGCGGAAGGCGUUUCUUCUGCCAAGGCUCAUCCCAGUAUGGCAAUGUUCAAUAUGGUCCGCUUCAGUCCUUUGCUACAAGUUGCCGAAGUCUUAAUUGGUGCAGUUGCUUGCCGCCUCGUCAUGUUGGACGGUACCGAAGGUGACGACACCAAGACCAAUGCCUUGAGUACUUUCGUUCCGCUCGCCGGUAUCAUCGGUCUUAUGUUAGCACGCGCCACUGGUCUUGUCGAGAUCAGCGACAUGCUAGCUCGUGCUGUAGUGUUUGUUCCGCUUUUUCUACGAUUCAUGAUGGCGGCUCAUCGCAACACAGUCAAGGGUGUCAAAGAUCCAUUGGUAUCAUUUUUGUCGAGUAAGUUCUUGGGUUCGUUGGGCGCUUUGGCAUUCCCCAUAUUUGUGCUCCACGGACCGAUUGGACAAGUGUUUUACAAGAAGCUGAUCGCAACCAGGGUCUUUGGCAAAGUAAUGACGGGUCCCCAGAACUUUGGUUUGUACCUAUUGACGACUGUAGCCUCGGCUUGGAUUGUUCAAAAGACAUUUCUGUCCAGCAAGGCGGUGGCCAAUUGGUCAAAGAAUAGCGUGGAUAAAUUGUCGUCGUGGGUAUAAGGGAACGCAGGUAGCUGUGCAUGUCAUGAAUAUAAGUGUUUCGAGAAGGUGGUUUUGAGGAAGACCUACAUAUUUGCCUACGCAUGCCUUGAUAAACAGAACUAGUGGCGUAACUC